CCGUGCAGCCAAACGGGGGUAACCGUAGCCACUGGUCCAGCAGCAGCAGCAGCAGCAGCAGCAGCAGCAGCAGAGAAGACAGGGACAGAAGUGGGGAGUGAGAAGGACAGUCAGCAUCUCUGGGGAAUUACAAACACACACAGUGAGAAGAUGACUCUGGCAGCGUACAGGGAGAAGGUCAAAGAGCUCCCCCUGGUGUCUCUGUUCUGCGCCUGCCUGAAUCCACAGACCUUGGACAAACCCAUAUAUAAGGCAGAAGAUGCAGUGGACCUGGGCUGGUGCGCCAUCAAAGAUGUGGAGGUGAUCGAAUUGAAUAAGCGAGCAUCGGGCCAGGCCUUCGAGGUCAUUCUCAAGCCCCCGUCCUUUGACGGCGUGCCAGAUCUGAACACCUCCAUGCCGCAGCGUCGUGACCCGUCCCUGGAGGAAAUCCAGAAGAAACUCGAGGCUGCCGAGGACAGGCGAAAGUGCCAGGAGGCCGAGCUGCUGAAGCACCUGGCGGAGAAGAGGGAGCACGAGCGCGAGGUGAUCCAGAAGGCCUUUGAGGAGAACAACAACUUCAUCAAGAACGCAAAGGAGAAGCUGGCCCAGAAGAUGGAGGCCAACAAGGAGAACAGGGAGGCCCUGCUGGCCGCCAUGCUGGAGAGGCUGCAGGAGAAGGACAAGCACGCGGAAGAAGUGAGGAAGAACAAAGAGAUGAAGGAGGAAGCCUGCCGGUAGACGAGUGGAGCGAGGGAGUCGAGAGAGAGAGAGAGAGAGAGAGAGGGUGGAAACUUGGAGCUUUUUGAGUUGAUUUAAAAAAAGGAAAUUAAAAAACAGUGCAGGAAAAAAAGCAAGAACUCCAAAACAACUCGAACAAAGGGAAAAGGCAAGUUUUCAUAUUUGAUGUAUGCUGUAACGAUUCUGAACAAGCUGUACAAAGUUUAGCCGACACUUGAUGUUGAAAUUCACAAAG